GAGGGCCCAUUAUCUUCAGUUUUACUCAUGUGUUACUGAAGUAUUGAAUCCUUGAUUCUUUGUCUCCUUGGAUUAUUGAGAAUAGAAGACCAUGUCACUGUAAUGCCAUAGAAAUGAUUCGUCUAUAAUCUUAAUGGAAUGUCUGGAGAGUAUCUGCCUGCUCGUGUGCUAACAGAUCCUAAGGAAACAGGAGUGCAGUAAAAACUUAAAGUAUCCAUUUAUGAAGUCAAAGACAUUACCAUACAAAAGGAAUAAACUACUUAACAAAAUCAGACAACUACCAUUUUAUCUUCCCUAUUUUUCCAUCAGUCUUUAAAUUGCACUCUCAAGACAACUUCUUCAGUGAUUUCCAUCUUAAAGAAAACUUGAUGUCCAUCUGUUAAGACCUUGGACACAGUGGUAUGGAUACAUCUAUCCUAAAGUGAACAACAGGACAGUAACAGUGUGGGAGAUUUUAAAAUGACUUGUUUUUUAAGGAUUAUAUUACUUUGUGGUGUCCUUUCAUUAGUAUUAGCCAGUGAAGCCCCAUCCACUGGCAACAAAACAGAGAAAGAGCAUGCCUCCAUCCACUUAGCUACCAUUAAGUUUGACUACGUCAAGCAGCCACUUAUUAUUGCUGUUUUCAUCUUUGCUGCUGGGAUUGCAAAACUAGCUUUUCAUCAUGCUGAGUUCAUCUCGUCCAGAGUUCCUGAGUCAUGCCUUCUAAUUAUCCUAGGUAUCAUUGUCGGUGCUAUCAUGAGCCAAACAGAGUCAGCGAACUGCAAACAACCAGAGCUUGAAGGAAACGCCUCAGAAUUGGCGGGUGUCAGUGUAGAGCACAGAGAGCCCAGACAGGCUAUAUCAAUGACCUCCAGUCUUUUCUUUCUGUGUCUACUACCCCCCAUUAUUUUGGAGUCUGCCUACAGUCUACAUGACCGAACAUUUUUUGAAAAUGUGGGCAGUGUCAUCAUCUUUGCAGUAAUAGGCACGGUGCUUAACUGUUUCCUAAUUGGACCUACUCUGUAUGCUGCCUCUUCCCUCGGUGGUAUGGGGUCUCUACAUUUAGGUCUAAAGCCUUGCCUUGUGUUCAGUGCCAUCAUAGUCGCUGUGGAUCCUGUUGCAGUGCUGGCCAUCUUCCAAGAAGUGGGCGUUAACAAUGUUUUAUACUUCUUGGUGUUUGGAGAAUCACUCUUUAAUGAUGCUGUAACGGUGGUGCUAUACAAUAUGAUGCAAGAAUUUAACAAGAUGGAAACCGUCCCUCCUAUAGAGGUGGUUAAAGGUUUAGUAUCGUUCUUCAUUGUAAGCCUUGGUGGUCUGUUCAUUGGGAUUUUCUUUGGUGUUUUGACAGCCAUCAUCACCAAGUACACCAGUACUGUCAGAGUGGUAGAGCCGUUGGCCGUCUUUGUGUUAGCUUACAUCUCAUACCUUGUAGCAGAAUUAUUCCAUUUCUCAGGUAUUAUUGGUUUGAUAGGCUGUGGACUGACACAGGCUCACUAUGCAUUCCAUAACAUAUCACAGAAAUCCCUUACCACUAUCACAUACUUCAGUAAAAUGCAGAGUGCUCUGAGUGACUGUAUUAUCUUCCUAUUCCUGGGUAUUGGUCUGUUUAACUGUGAGAUUAUGAACCUCAGCCACUGGAGAUGGGAACUAAUAUUGUGGACAUUGUUCCUCUGUCUCCUCUACAGAUUUCUUGUGGUAUUUUGUCUUACUUGGAUAAUAAACAGAUCUAACAGGAUGAGAAAAAUCCAGAAUGUGGAAAAAUUUAUCAUGGCAUAUGGGGGUCUCCGAGGAGCUGUAGCUUUUUCCCUUGUUGAUUUAUUGAGCCAUGAAGAAUUCAAACAAAAUAAGGACAUCUUUAUGACAACUUGUCUGGCUCUUAUCUUCUUUACAGUAUUUGUUCAGGGUAUAUCUAUCAAGCCAUUGGUCAGAUUAUUACAAAUCAAACUACAGGAGGAACAGGAUUUAAAGCUUGUUGAAGAAAUCAACACACAUGUCAUUGAUCAUGUGAUGGCAGGAAUCGAAGAAAUCCUCGGAGAACAUGGAGAAAAUUAUUUCAGAGAAAUAAUUGAGUAUUACAACAGGAAGUUCUUUAAGGUGUGGCUGAUGAAGGAACCGGUCAGUAUGGAUGAGCAGAUCAUGUCCUGCUUUGAGGAAAUUGCUCUACAGCAACACUUUGAGAACUUACAAGGUAGUGCAAUGAUAAAUUCCAAAUAUGGCAAUCUUGAUUUUCCAUGGCUUCAUCAGGAGGAGAGCAAUGAUGCCGAGGAGGAAUCAGAAGGAGAGAUCAGUGAUGGCUCGGAUGACCUGGUACUUCCUGCCGUCACGGUUCGUCAGCCAUUAGCUCCAGACAAGCUACCUACUGGCUACUGGGACGAGGAAAAUGACAGACUGAAAAAUUUCUUGGAGAGUAAGAGGAAGCAGCCAGGAAUGAAGAGGAAAUCAAUCGUCCCCGCCUUCCUGAGAAAACCAGAAAUUUCCCAGGAUCCCACAGCACAGGAACUCAAAAAUAUAUUUACGCCAUCUUAUAGAGAUGUACAACACAGAAAACUUGAUAAAAAUUUGAAAGAUGAUAGUUCAACGAAUUUAUUACGAUAUCUACAAGAUAAACAAUUCAGAAAUAGAAGAAUGUCUCGAGCAGUAUUCAAAGGCUCUAAAUCCAAUAGUCCAUUUGGUUCUAAUAAAGCUUUACACCAUCGUGGAGUCGUGGAGAAUUACAAACGCAGACUCAGCUUAGCUGUACCAGAACGGCCAAAGUUCGUGAGAGGACGCUCCCCCUCAGAUGUGACAAAUUUACGUGGUGUAAAUUUAGAUAAUUUUAUUGAUGGAAACUCUUUACUUCCUGAUCCCCGAUUAAGACCGAUCAAAUUGGAAGAUAAUCCUGACAAGCAUUAUAUUAAAAAUGAAACACACCGAAAGAGUCCCGAUCACAUUCACGAAGAGAAUGAGAAACCUCUGAAACGGUACGAUAAAGGUAGCCCUAAAGGUGAGAAAGCACAUAAACGACCAUUACUCUCACAGACAAAAUCUAUUUUUACUUCCAUCUCGGAGGAGGAUCACACUGAAGAGGAGGAGGAGGGAGAGAAUGUACAGAGUAAGGUCACGGAAAGACUAAAUGGAGGUCAAGGUCACUCAGGAAGUGACCCUGACCUAUUACAAAGACAUGAUAGUUCUGGACAACACACUAGUGGUAUCAGGAAAUCCUCGUACAAUAAAGCAAUGAGUGAUCCAACCAGUGAAACAGUCGAGCUUAAAAGUUAUAAGAAAAAGGAUCAGUAACUCCUGCCAUUCAUUGUUGUAGCUCAUCAGAGCCAUUUUUUUCUCUAACCAUUGUUAGCCCAUGAGAGUGAUUAAGAUUUUAUUUUUCUGAUCAGUUUGUCUCUUUGUUAUACUUUCACAUAAAGGAUACUACAUACCUUAUGAAAUUAGCCGUAUAAUCUAUCUUAUGUCAGAUGCCAGACUUUGCCAGUAGUCUUGAUAACACAUGCUAAAGAUUUUAACAAAGGUUUUCUUUAUUGCUUUCAUAAUACAAGCAAUUAUAUGUUAUACAACUACAUGUAUCUACAUACAGGCUAUGAAGGGGUUACAUCUAGGUGGUAUAUUAACUCUGUGACCAAUGAGAGGUCACAUACAAAGCUGUUUGACAUUAUACUGAUCUUCCUAGUCUAAUGGCCUAGCAGUGUGUGAAAAAGUAAGAAUUUUUAAUAUCUUAUUGUUUGAAUAAGGUUUCCUGAAUCAACGUUACCUGAAGCCAAGAAUGCUCCACAGUAUAUUUGUUUAGUUCAUUCCAAUUCUCAGCAUUCUUGUUUUCAGUGUAAUUGUCAUCAGGUGAGCAUUAUGUCCCCUGACUUCCUGUUGAUCUUAUAACUAUAGAUAAGUACUGUUAUAUAGGAUUACUCUUAGUUGUAAUGAUACUGAUUUGUGCAUUAAUUCACCCAGCUUUGUUUUCACAUGUGCUUAUUUUCCUGCAUUUUUUACUCAUAUGAAUAUUAUUUUUAUCAAAUAAAGAGAUUGUUUAAUUAGUUGUUUUUCUGGAUUAUGUCUCACAAAAACAUUUGUAAUUAUCCUUAUAAAUCUGAACAUAAGAUCUGAAAUAUUAUAUGUGCAUAAUCUAAAUAAAUAUAGAUAAUCAAAUUCAAGUAUGGUCAUCAUUUUUGUUGACUACUUGUAUAUCAAUCUCUAUUAAUUUUUGAAAUAUUGUUAAGGUGCUUUAUCUAUUUUUGGAGAUUGAACUUGUUUUUACAUAUACAGCUGAUGGUUUAUUUUUGGUUGAAUGAGUGUUUGAAUCAUGUUGAAAUCUAAUAAUUUAAUCUAACUUACUGACAUUGCCUGUGUUGUGUUUACACUAUUUAUUACAAUUCUCAUGCAGUAAAAUAGUUUCAACCUUUACAAGGCUCUUUCAUUCUAAACAUAGACUGUGAUCUACAUGUACAUUUUUCUAGUAAUUUCUUAGAGAUAUGCUAUAAUCACUUUGUUAAAUUGUACCAGUGGGAUUGAUAUUAUUGUAUGUUAAUUUGUGACAUUUUCUUUCUGAAGAAGAAAUCCUCUCUAUUUACACACUUUAUUAAGAUUUUUUUCCUUUUUCGUUGAAUUGCAUGAUUACUUGCUAAUUGAUAGCAUUAAUUAAUUGUAAUUUAUUAUACUGUAUCAGUGGAAAUUUAAGUGAGACGCGAAUUUUUUUAAUCCCAAAAAAUUUGUAUAAUUUUUAGUGAGAGAUAAUUUUCCCAAUUUUAUAAUGUCAAGAGAGAUAGCUAUAGUAAACGAUACAGAAUAAAUUGCUAGGGAUAUUUAAUUUUAGCGAUUUCAGAACCCUCACUAAUAUUGCCAAAAUUUAAUCAUCACUAAAAAAUUCUGCUUAUAUGGGAGAAUGUACAGUUGAACUUCAGUAUCUUGAACUCUGAUAUAUCAAAUACCAUUGAUAUGUGGAAGUGAUUUGAAAAUCCCAACUGCUUAUUCUUUUAGCAUUUUACCCUGGAUAUCUUGAAUCCUCGGAUAUCUCGGAGUAGUUUCCCGGUCCCUUUUUGAGAUAACAAGGUGACUGUAGUUAAAUUUUUUUUGCACAUGAUUAUUUAUUUAUUAUUUAUGUUUGAUUGCUUGAAGUUGAACAAUCACCAACUAGCUCUUGAUGACUUGAUGAGUAUACCCAUUAAGUGAAAAAAUUUUUAAUAGUAUAAUAUUAACUAGACAUUUUUACACUGUAAGAGUUCAAUGAAACAUUUUUUGCCAUCAUUUGAGAGUUUAUAACAUUAUUUUACCCUAUGUGCCAUGUAGUUAGCUAUAUUUUUUUAAGUAUGAUGUAAAUGUUUACAUAUUAAUUGGCAAUCAGGAGUUACUUCCCCAAUAUUAGCACUCAGCUACAUAGGUAGGCAUAUUUUCAAUAAAAGUGUGGUUUUAUACUCAGUGAUUUAUUAAGAUGUGUUUUUUUUCAAUAGACAAACUUGUUAUAUCCAAUGACAUAUUUACAAACCCUAAACUUUUGAAAACUAUACAGAUGGAGGGAAUAUAUGUGCAUUUUUGUAAUAUACUGUAAACCAAUUUUCAUUUGUGUGCAAACACGUCUUGGUAAGUUUAAAUAUGGAAUAUUUGCUAAUCAUUGUCACCGUGAACCAGCAUGUUGUUUCAGUGACUUGUUAGGAGCUAUAAAUAUGUCACAGGAUCACAAAAGAUUAAAAAACAGAAAGAAAUCUCAUUUUACAGUAACUUUGUUUUAAGUAAAUUGUAAAUCAACAAAAGGGACUUCAGUAAACAGAUGAAUGCAGAAUCAGUGCAGUGAUAUUUACAAUGUUAAAAUAAUAUUAUAUAACAUGACUGUAAAAUAGUACAUUGUAUUUAUUUAAAUUGUUAUAAAAACUUACUUAUUGUCUCAGUGUCUUGUUAUAAAUUUGUUAUUAAUAUAUUAUUGUGAGUUUUUGUGAUACACUGUUGUUGAAUUUACAUAAUAUUCAAUCCUCUGUAUGAGUAUUGUAUAAACAAUGUUAAAAAGGUGAUGAACUGGGAUUUUUUUCCCCUUAAAAUUUGAAAAUAUUUAUUCAACAUGUUCAUUCAAGCAAGUCUUAUUUAUUGUGUUGAAUUUUUUGAAAUUUCAUCAUAUUAAUAUCCAUUUGUUUUGAGCAAACACAGAAGCUUUCAUAGAAAAAUAUUGUCACAUUUGAUUCCAAAAAAAUUUUAGUGUAGAAAUUAUUUGUAUUCUGUAUAAAUUUGUCAUUUGCCAUAAACAAUCUGCUUCAAGAUGCAGUGAAUAAAAUUGUGUCAUUGUCGAGAAGACCUUUUGACACACUCACCAACUUGUUUAAAACAUAAGUUUGAAGCAUAAUAUUGAGGUUUGUUGAAUAAAAUUUUGAAACAAAAA